AUGUCCUCCGCCAUCCUCGAUGCUUGGGGCGUCGAGCCUCGCGAGCAGUCGCGCUCGCGGAGCUCGCUGGGCUCCAGCGUGUGCCCCAAGUGCCUUGUGACUUGGUCCAACUCGAUCCCAGUCGAAGUCGACCGAAGGUGGGGCUCCAAGGACGGCGAGUGGUCGACGAACGUCGACGAACGUCGACUCGGGCGCUCGGAAGCGCCCUGUCCCAGCAGCGACAUGGCCUGUGUGGAGGGCCUUUGUGCUCCAGUGGCCUAUGGCUUUAUUCACAUGGGUAGGGCGAUGUGGCCCAAAGACGCUUUGAAACUUGAGCCAGGUGCAGAGAGUUUUCAUUCGUGCGCGGACCUGUGUGAUGAUGGGAACUGCACGGGCUUUGUGAUGGAAGACCGGAAGUGUUAUCUCACUUGGAGCUCGGAGCAGCCGAAUCACCAAGAAGGCUCCGGUGACGACUUCAAGUUGGCAGCCUUUCAGAAGGCCACGUGUGCGACCUUUUCCUGCCCGGUGGGCAGUGAGCUGGAUCCCGAAGUGCUGGGGCAGUCGGUGGAUGAAGCGACUUGCUGCAAAUGCUCGAAGCCAGGAUGGGUGAAGGAUUUGCGCUUUGCACCUGCCUUGCAGUGCCAGCAAUGUCCUUUGGGCCACGUGCCGAGCGCGGUGAACGCCAGUCGCUGUGAGCAGUGCCCUGCGGGAAGCUAUGCGCAACCGGG